UGUAUACAUUUCGUCCGAGAAUAUUUUCAUCGGUCGUGGGGCUGCGAUGGUAGUUAGUAUUCCGUGAAAUGUAAUAAAAUAGGCAUAAAAAUGGAAAACAUUUCCAGCAACUAUUCAGUGAAAGUCAAGCAGGAACAUGACGAACUUCCAGCUAUUGACGAAAUAAAGGCGGAAAAAUUUGAUCAUGAUAUCACACCAACACAGUCACAGGAUGACAAAGGGUUUGCUGCGUUCGUGGAGUAUCUCGACCCAGCAAGGAUGCGAACUCAAGAGCCAGCUCGUAAUCGAUGUACAUGGAGAUACUUCCUCCUUACUCCGGAAUGGAGUGAUCCGAAUGCUGAUGGAGGAAAAACAGGGGAAACUAAGGCAGCCCCAAUUAUUACUGUUAUGCACGAAAUAGAACUGGAAGGUAUCGAGGAAACGUAUAUCUUGCAUCAAUGGGAAGAACCAUUGAGUCCUGUUCCACUCAACCUGUCCAUCGAAAAGCCUACCCGGUAUAGUCGGUGGGACGUAUCACCGGAAACCGAGAACGAACCACCCACCAAAAAGCGUUGUACGCGAUGGGAUGUGCCUCCGGCCAGUGAGGACGCUACUCUUCAAGCUACUCGAGCUUUUCAAUGGAGACAGAGCCUGCUAAGCUCAAGUUUCAGGAUGAUCGGUUGGGAACUCAGUUGGGUAACGCUUCAGGCCGUAUCUACCGCAAACUUCCGGUAUCAUCCUGUGGCGUUUGAACAGCAAGUCAGACAACGCACGCCUUCAAUCAGCCAAUCUCAUCACUUGCAUUGCUGCAGUAAUAAAGCAGUGCAACGAGCUGCAGCUGCUGAACCAGCAUGCACGUGCACUAUGCGAAUGGCUUGGUGAGGAGUGUCCGGAGGUACUCGGAUCGAUACUGUGCGCACUGCAGACAAUCUUGAACCUGAUGGACGUUCGACAGCUGACAUCACCAUUAAAGCAGCUACUGCUACAUCUGCUGCCCAUCCUCAAGAAUCGCCACGAGAAGGUACAGGAAAACUUUACCAGUCUGGUGGGAUUGAUUGCGCAGCUUGCACUGGAAUGCGUGUCAGCCAGCGAGAGGAUGCCGAUCUGUUGGACGUGUUGAAGUCUCACAGUAAAUCGGUACGGCGUGCAACGAUCAACACGUUCGCCUACAUUGCGCGUGCGAUCGGUCCGUUCGAAAUACUGCCGGUGCUGCUCAACAGUCUGAAUACAUACAACAUGGUGUAUGUUGGGGCGCAGGAUACGCUGGUCGCUGGCUAUCCACGCAUUGCGAGCGAUACCAGAAAUCGCUACAUUCGCUAUGAAUUGGACUAUAAUUUGUUGCUGGAAAUUCAUCAAUUCAGUACUACCUUGCAGUAUCAGCCCUAUGAAUUACUAACUUUUGAAAGGUUUUUUACUACGAAUUAUGACAUGUGCACUCAGUACUUUUCGUUCUAUUUUUGUCCUUUUUAACACCAAAACAAGAAAAAACCACAUUUUUAUUUCAAUUGAAAUGAAUUACAUGAAUUACUUCUGGAGCAAGAUAUCUGAAAGCCCAAUAAAGCGUCAGCUCGGUACGUUCAGUAGUUGAAGAUCAAA